UUCAUGGUCACGUUGCGCGUCCGAGGAGAGAGAGAAGGCAGUGUCACUGUAUGUUAGUAGACGUCGGUAGUGAUGUGGAACUUUGCAACGGUGAAAAUAUGAUGAAAAUCAAGCCGUUUACAAAUGUCUCGUUUCUGCGUGCCACGAUAAUUCUCUGCGUAAUACCGCAAUGCCUAGCCGCCUUGUCCGACAAGCAAUUAUGUUACGACCCCAAUUGUUCGGAGCCCAUCUCGUUGGCCAGGACCAUCCUCGCGUACCGAGCAAACGAUCGCGAGGUGAUGUCAUUUAACAACAAUGCAGAAGUCAAAGUUUUCAGUAAGGGCGCCGGAAAACGCACGGAUUUAUGGGGUGUCGAGAUAAAUGGCAAGCGUGGAUUCGCCCCCGAGAAAUUCCUGAACGAAUACAAAAUUCUAAGACGCGAUCUGUCGCACGAAGUGCCUGUUUAUAAGUUUAAUGAUAAGGCUAACAAAGUUCAACCCGAGAAGCUCGAGUCGACUGGGAAAGGGGGUAGCGAGUCGCACACUUUGUUGAAAGACGAAUUGUCUCGGGAUGAUAACGCGACCCUGUCGUUGAACUCCGUAGAUGGGAGCAUCGUCGAGGAGUCUCAUGCGACCAAUGCAGAUAGCAUAUCACCUUCCUACGAGGUGAUAGAUGGUACCACGGUUUACCUUGAGAAUACUCCAUCUGUACAACCUAGUCUCGUGGCUGAAGUUGCGCACGCUACUGCAUUGCCGCAUGAACAAGCUCCAGCGGCUUCUAAUUCUAAAAUCGUUCACGAGAGAUUAUCAUCCGACGAGAAUGCAUUCAUCGACAAAAAGUUACAACCUGUUGCAAAUGGCGCCAGUGGUGAACUCGAGGGAGUUCAGUUGUCGACAGACACUCAGAGUCAAACUGGCUCCGUACCGCCGGAGACUCCGGAAGCAAUAAUCGGUUCAACCUUAGACCCAGCGAGCACAGAGGACACUUGGACGCCCGACGGAACUGACAACUCUGAGGGAGAAUUAUUUGAAAGUGUAGAACUUACGGAGGAAUCGGACAGCGGUGUUGAGGAAAGUGCAGAAGAUAACGAGAAGGAGAAAGAUAGCGAACAUGUCGAGAGUGAUGGUAUAUUUGCCUCCAUUACGAAGACGUUUAAAAUUUUAUCCAGCUCGGUAGAAACUGUAGUAGCGAAGAGCACCGCUGCUAAAAGUAGCGAAGACGCAGCUGCUCCCGACACUGCUGUUUACAGUAAUCUGCAGUUGGAGGAACAAGUUUCAGAAAGUAUUGAGGAUGCUGCAACCGAAGAAAUUCCCCCGUCUACUCAAAUCAAGUUGGAAUCGAGUAUAGACCAAGGUUUUAUAGGUAAAGACAAAGUAGAAUCGCAGCAAGAAAUUGUACACGCGAGCACUGAAAGUGCAACGGUUCCAGAUGAACAGAUAAAUGAAGCUCCCACGAUUAUUUUGGAACAUACUACAGUUAGCGACGUGCCUUCAUCCAAUAAUUUUGUACACGAAAAUAAUGAUAAGCCUGCCAAAGAAUUGCCAACAACAGCGGACGGCGGUUUCGCUUUUGCAAAAGCCGAUGUUGAAAAUAUUCAAAUGCAGGAAACGAGCGAGGCAGAGAGAGUUGCGAGAGAUGUGAGGGCUGACGGUGCAAUUACCUCUGCUGAAGAAGACUCGACAAUUUUGUCUGGUUUGCAAGGAACUGCAGCCACAGAAACCACCACUACUCAAAGCAGCGACGUUAUCGAGCCGAAAUUACCGGAAAGUGGUGAGGCACAUCUAGAAAAGACAAAAAAAGAUUACAAAGAAAUAAUUGGCCAAGCUGAUAAAACUGCUGAAAUCUUAGAAACUGUCAGCCUACCGUCUGAGACAGCAGAAAGUAUCGCAACAGAGUCAUCCCCUGAUAGUCAUUCUGUUGAAAAUGUAACAAUUGAAGAGAAUCAUAGCGCUGCGGAUAUUCAAUUUAAUAAAGAAUCAAUUGUACAUAGUAAUGUAAAUAAAAUUGAUAACUUAGCCAAUGAUACUAACUCUGACAAUGUUCCUAUAGAAUCUAACGAAUUCUCGAACAGUGCAAAAUCUAGCGUUCUCGGGCCAGAGCAAUCUAUAGAUUCUAGUCAAGAAAGUAUGAUGUCGGAGCAGACAAUGACUUUAAAUGAAGGAGGUUUGGCACACCAAGACGUCGAAAGUCAGAUCGUCGGUUCUGUGAAGGAGGAAGAGACCUUACCUGAAUAUGGUGAUCACAUGAGCAAUGAGGAUAAGGUUUCGUACGAAAAUGGAGUUGGCGAUGAUAGCUUGGAGAAGCCAGAAUCCGCAUCUGUAUCAGACGAAAUGGAGGUAGCCGAAGAUAAAAUUUGUAUGAAUGAUCAUGAAUGCGUUGUAACCGAGGCAACAACUAAGUUUUUGAACCAAAUGGAAGACGUUGCAAAUGAAGAGGAUGAUUUGAUUGAUGUAACAUUGGAUCAUAAUUAUUGGAAGACACUGAUGUGUCUGUGUGUAACAGCCUUUACAACACUCGUAUUCACUCUUGGAUAUUAUUGUAUCGAGAAUACAAGAAGGGACGGACAACUCAUCGCGAGGAUUAAUAAACUCGAGAAAGAAUUGUUAGUCUCGACGAAAGAAUGUGAAGUACUCAGCGAGAAUCUAAAAUCGAUCAAGGAUAAGUUGCAUUGCAUUGAAGAUGAAUCAUUUGGUUCUAACGAAAUGGUUGUAUCGCUAAAAGCUGAUUUAGAAAUGUCACAGAGCACGAAGGUUGAGUUGGAAGAACAAGUGACUAUGCUGGAGAAAGAUUUGGAAAAUGCAACGGAAGCUGGAUUAGAACUCGAGCGUAUGCUAAGGGAAGUUCUGUCGUCGAACAAUGAAGUUAAUCCACUAGCUCAAUCAGUGGAAGAUCUACAGGCACGAUUAAACGCUCAACAAGCUGCGAACGAGUCCUUGACAAACGCACUGAACCUUAAGGCUCAAGAGAUUGAGACUUUGUCAGCAGAUCUUGUAUCUGCUAAGGAGAAAUUCAAGAAGCUUCAAAUAGAGUAUUUGCAAACGCAGGACGAAUUGACGACCCAGAAAAAUCUUCAAAGUAAUAUAGUACAAACGCUAACAGAUAAAGUACAUAGUUUGGAAGAGCAAGUAGGCCAACUGUCUACCGAGAAGUCGUCGUUAUAUAAAGAAUUGAGAGAAAAAGAGGUAGAAGUGAGAGAACUAAUGGAAAUUAUCAGCCAAGUCAAAUCAAACAAUUUGGACCUGGAGAAAUUAUACGAUGUAUCUCAUAUUAAAAUUGAGGCAGCGCAACUGCGCGAGGAGAGAGAUGAAUUAAAGGUGCGAUUAAGCGAUGUAGACGGCGCUCAUCAGUUACUAGAAGAGCAUAUGAAACUUGUUAAGGAAGAGAUAAUUGCACUAAGCGAUCAGUGUAAAAUAGCUGAAAGAGAAAAGAAAGAUGCCGAGACGCGACUUGAAGUUUUGUCAAAGUUCUUCCAGGACAAGGAAACCGAACGCCAGAAGGAAGAGGCUAUUUGGUUGCAGAAACAAGGAGAAGUUAUGUCGACAGUCGAAAGGCUACACACGUUGCAAAACGAAAUUCAAAAUUACAAGCAACAAAUAGAGAUGUUAAAACGGGAGAUAGUAGACCAGGAGAGGGAAUACAAGAAUCAAAUAUCCGCUCUGGAAACGAAGACACAUGAGCAAUGGGUUACUACCCGUCAAAAUGAGCGCCGUUUAGAAGAAUCGAAAGCCGAGGCCAGCCAAUUACGUAAUCGCCUUACACUCGUAGAGAAAAACUUAAACGAAAUCGAUCCCGAGGCAAAGCUACACCGCCUGGAAGCGAACGGGGAAACGGCGACCUCCCCGUCACUGUUCAUAGGAGCAGAAUCGUCCAGUUCUCCCGUAAUGUUUAGCGGUUCCUCGGGAGUCCCGCCACCCCCGCCGCCCUCGUAUCUGCACUGUUUCCCGUAUCUGCCGCCCCUGCCGCCCGCCGCUGCUUCCGGUCUACCUCCGUACGAUAUCAGUCAACGUCCUCCGCCACUCGGCGGCAGACUGUCGUCACCUCCGCCGAUGUUGCCGCCGCCGGCGUUACAUCGCCCCCCGGUCUCCGGGGGCAGAUACGAGAACGCCGGUUCGCCACCACCGCCUAUGUCUCCGCCGCAUUUACUUCCACGGUUCGACCACCAUAGAUCACCGCCACCUCCUCCCUUCGGUGGCGAUCAUAUCCCGCCCCUUCCUCCGCCCGGCUCGAUAUUGCCUCCUCCCCUCGGAGCGGCGCAUCCAUGGGGUGAAGAAUCACUGCCGCACCCGCGUAAUUCUGGCUUUCAUCCUCAUCAGCGAGAGCAACGUGCGCGCAAUCACAAAGGUUCCUUACAUUCUUCGGGAGAAUCACUGGAUAAGGCACAUCAUGGGAAAGUCUAAGUUUUGUAUCUUGUUAUUCAAUACACUUGUACAAAGGCCAAAUCAUCACUGUAUCAGUGAGCGCUCUCAUUGUAUAACGAUUAUAAAUAAAUAUGUGAUGAUGAAAAUUUUAUGUCAAAUAUUAAUAGAAGCAACGUACAUAGGGAUUCAUUAAACGGUGUCAGCUGACAAUGUUGUUAUUAUAUCUGUGAUUAUUAUGAUACAUAAUAGAUUGUUUCCUGUUGCUUUCGUUAAAAGGAGCGAUCUUUUUACCAUCAGUUAUCCAACGAAUUAGUAUUUUUAUUUUACUAUUCUAGGAAGUGUGUACAGCAAGUUAUUUGUAAAAAUUGACAAAAAUAUUUUUAUAUAUCUUGAUUGUAUUACGAAAACGAAAGGAACACUGCAAGAUCGUAAUUAAGUUAUGCAUUUCCGGUAUUAACGCAUACUUUAGAUAUCAAACGUUCAAUUUAGGUAUAAUAUUGUAAUAAAGUUCUUAUAAUCGAUGUAGAAUGUAAAAGAUAUAAUUGUUAUAUAUGGUUUUAAAAAUCGAAAUAAAUUGUAAUUUAUUAUGA